CCGCGUUUCUCCCUCGGGGUCCUCAGUUCCCGGCUAUGGCUCUGUGGGUGCUGCUGCUCCUCGCGGUGCUCCCCGUGACGCCCUCCGCCUCCCCCCGCUGCGCCCCGCAGUGCCCCCCUGGCACUUACCCGCACCCCCCGGGCCGAACACGGCAGCGCUGCGGUCCCCCGAAGGGCCGCUCGGAGCCCGUCCGGUGCCGAGCGCUCCGUUGCCCCGCGCCGCUCUCUUUCCCUCACGGCACCGUGGAGCCGCGCUUUCCCACGUACCCCUCCGGCAGCGUCCUCCGCUUCUCGUGCGACGACGGCUUCGUGCUGCGAGGGGCCGCGGAACUGCGCUGCAGACCCGGGGGUGUCUGGAGCGACGCCCCCCCCGUGUGCGACGACGGCGAAGGUGACUGUCCCCCCCCUGCGACACCAGCGGGGGGGGUGACAACGGGUGGGGGACGGCACCAUGGAGCCGAGGUUCGGGUGCACUGUGGGGCAGGGCUGCAGCUUCUGGGACCUUCCCGGCGCCACUGCAUGGAGACUGGGAGGUGGUCCGGGCCUGAACCCACCUGCCGCCACCCCUACUCCUUCGACCUCCCUGAGGACAUCAGCAGUGGCCUUGGCUCUUCCUUUGCCUCCAUCCUGGAGCUGGCGGGUGCCCACGCUGACAAUGACAUGUCCCUGGGACGCCGCAUUGUACUGAGCCGCAAUGAGUCCCUCCAUGUCUACGUGCUUCUGGAUGCUUCUGGCAGCGUCCAACAGGACAACUUUGAGCUCUUCCGGCAGAGCGCGGUGGCCAUCGUGGAUCGGCUCAGCAGCUUCGAGGUGCCCCUCAGGUUUGCCAUCGUCUCCUUCGCCACCCACACGCAUGUCAUCAUCUCCACCAUCGAAGACGACGCUUCCGAUGCUGACGAAGUCAUCGCGCGCUUGGAGGCCAUGAACUUUGGUGUGCACAGGAACGCAACGGGGACCAACAUGCACGGGGCGCUGUUGGAGGUCUACCACAUGAUCCUCUUCCAAAAGGAGCGGUCAACGCGUGACGGCCAACCCAACGCGUGGAGGAACACGCGGCAUGUCGUCAUCCUGCUGACAGAUGGGAGGUUCAACGUUGGCGGACAUCCCCGGGAUGCGGUGGCCAAGAUUGAGGAUGUGCUGGAGAUCAGAGAGGACCGCGAGGAGUACCUGGACAUCUAUGCUUUUGGGGUGGGGACCCUGGAGGUGGACAUGGCCGAGCUGGAGGCAGUGGCCUCGCACCGCCGGGACGAGCGCCAUGCCUUCAAGCUGGCAGAUGCAUCGGCACUGCGCCAGGCACUGGAGGGGGCUCUGACUGCCACUGCCAUCGGGGAUCUCUGCGGUGUCAUCAUCCCUGCUGGCACUGCCCGACCACCGUGGCACGUUGUACUGAGGACUGGAGUGCAGCAGCGUUGUGCAGGGACCCUUCUGGGAGGCCGCUGGGUGCUGACGGCUGCCCACUGCUUCCUGGGGGGUGAAAGCCCCCACGACUGGAGCGCCGAGCUGGCAGGGGGUCAGGAGGUUUCCAUCCGGGGGUGGAACCUCCACGAGGACUUUGAUAUCCGGGGGAGGGCGGCACAGGGGGUCCCUGAAUUCUACGACUAUGAUGUGGCCCUGGUGGAGCUGGAGAAGGAGGUGGGAGACACAGGGGUCCCCAGGCGCAUCUGCAUACCCUGCACUGAGGAUGCAAACAGAGCUCUGAGAAUGGCACCAGGGACCACAUGCCAGAAGCAAGAGGUGGAGCUGUUGGGCCACACUCGUGUCCCCGCCGAGUUUGUGUCACUGGAGGGCAAGAGGUUGAGCGUCAGGAUCAAGGAGCAGGAGGAGCGUGCCUCCUGCCUGACGGGUGCAGUGCAGCCUGGGAUGCCCCACGCUAAUGCCUCUGUGAAGGAUGUGGUGACAGAACGGUUCCUGUGCAGUGGGCAGGAGAGCAGCAGUGAGCAGGAGGAUGCAGCCUGCAAAGGUGAAUCUGGUGGUUCCCUCUUUGUGGAACGCCGCCACCGUUUCCUCCAGGGGGGGCCGCAAUGCCGAGGGGGGGCUGCUCCGUGCCUCAGCCCCCCCUGGCCACCACCCCAGGGAUUUCGCCAUCAGCCUCUUCCGCAUUCAGCCCUGGUUAAGGCGACACCUGGGGGGGGUCCUGCGCUUCACCCCCCUGUGACUCCCCACCACGGCAGGACUCCCCCCAAAGGUCCUGGCCAUUGGACUCCUAUAGGAGCUCAAUUGGACCCUCCUACCCCAAUCUGUAACCUCCCCCCCCCCACCGAAUAAAGUUGCGCCUCUCCCAGUUUUGUGAGCUUCCAUGGGUGG